GGACCCGUGACGCGGAGAAGUUCGCAGCCAGGCACCGGCGUUCACCCUCUCGUUCUUGCAGUUCUCCUGGCUGUCCUCCCACGGCGUCCCCGAGAGGCCCGAUCACCAAGCUGGUGACUGUCCGCAGGCUCGGGGACGGCCAUGGAGCAGCGGCCGCGGGCGCCGAGGAGCAUCCUCUGGACGCUGGGUCCUUUCCCUCGGGUCUUUGCUGCGGAGGCCGUGGCCACCAGUUCUGUAGCCGCCGACCCGGAGGUCCUUGUGGAGGACCAGAAGCUACCGUCUCCAUACGUCCCAGGACCCCAGCCCCUGGAGUCUGGAUGGGACCGCCUCCGGGAGCUGUUUGCCAAAGAUGAACGGCAGAGAAAUUCAAAGGAACUUGAGAAUAUUUAUAAGGCAGCCAUUACAGGAGGCAUCAUUGGCUGGGUAUAUGGGGGAGUACCAGCUUUUAUACAUGCUAAACGACGCUACAUUGAGCAGAGCCAAGCAGAAGUUUAUUAUAACCGGUUUGAUGCUGUGCAAUCUGCACAUCGUGCUGCCACGCGAGGCUUCAUCCGAUACGGCUGGCGCUGGAGCUGGAGAACUGCAGUGUUUGUGACUAUAUUCAACACAGUGAACACUGGUCUAAGUGUAUACCGAGAUAAAAAUGCCCUAAGCCAUUUUAUCAUUGCAGGAGCUGUCACAGGAAGCCUUUUUAGAAUAAAUUUAGGUCUGCCUGGUUUCGUAGCUGGUGGCAUAAUUGGCGCCUUGCUAGGUACUCCUGUCGGGAGCCUGUUGAUGGUACUCCAGAAGUACUGUGGUGAGACGAUUCAGGAGAGAAAACAGAAGGAGAAAAAAGUACUCCAAGAGCUGAAACUGGAAGAGUGGAAAGCCAGAUUACAAAUUACUGAGCUCCUCCCCGAAGAAAUUGAAAGUAGCCUACAGAAAAAUCAACCCAAGGAUGAUAUUGAGAAAAUUGAAGCACUGCUAAAUCUUCCUAGAAACCCCUCAUCAGCAGAUAAACAAGACAAGGACUGAAAAUGUUCUGGACCUGAAACUCAUUGGAGAGUUGAAGAGAGCUGCCAUGCCCAUUGAAUGCCAGUAGUCUGACUACUCCUUGGGUAGCUGAUGAUAGGUGUAAGGGCUAGCACCUAUAAUGGCAGUGACUUGUUCUCACCUUUUAUAAAACCAAGAAUUGGGCUGUUGUACUCUCACUUUAUUUAUCCUUAAAUUUAAAUACAUACAUAUAUUUAUAUUGGUCAAUAUAUGUAUUUGACAUAUCUAUAUUGAUCUAUCAGUAGAUCUUUUUCCUGAAUUUUACAACAGUAAAUUAAAAAUUUCUCAAAAGAUUAAAGUUGAGUUCUAUAGAUUGUAUAUGUAUUCUUGUAGCUCUUUUAAAGGGUAUUCUGGAAUCUCUAGGAGGAGAGAAAAGAACCAGGUAAGGCAAAUUGUCUGUGAAAUCCUCCUGCCCUUGGGUCCUAGUAACAGUAUGGGCCUACAUUUGUAGUAGUGUUUGGCUUUUGUUUUUCUUUAAUCCUUGCCCGAAGAUAGUUUCAUUGAUUUUUUAGAGAGAGAGAGAAACAUUGAUGCAAGAGAAACAUUGAUCGGUUGCCUCCCAUGUGUGCCCCGAUCAGGGAAUGAACCUGCAACCUACGUAUGUGCCUAAACUGGAAUUGAACCUGAGACCUUUCAGUGUAUGGAAUGAUGUUCCAUCCCAGUGGUCGGCAAACUCAUUAGUCAACAGAGCCAAAUAUCAACAGUACAAUGAUUGAAAUUUCUUUUGAGAGCCAAAUUUUUUAAACUUAAACUAUAUAGGUAGGUGCAUUGUUAUUAACUUAAUUAGGGUACUCCUAAGGCUUAGGAAGAGUCACACUCAAGGGGCCAAAGAGCCGCAUGUGGCUCGCGAGCUGCAGUUUGCCGACCACUGUUCCAACCAAUUGAGCCACACCAACCAGGGUGCAGUGUUUGGUUUUAAUAAACAAUUAAAGAAAA